AAGUACCCGUACGCUACUACACCUUUAUAAACCAUGGCAUCCUGGUUGUUUGGAGUUUCUAAACAAUCAGCGGAACAGAUUGUUGAUACAAAAGACACACCAACUGUUCCAACUGCAGCUAAUCCAGAACCUGUGAAUACCUUGCCCACAAAGCCUCAAUUACUUUAUGAUUUACAACCAGCAAAACCAAAUAUUCCUGAUUUAAAACCUACGAGUAUGCUGGACAGUAUACCAUUCGUUUUAUCCAGCCAAAUUAUUAUGACUACUAAAAAUUAUAGUUAUAAUUUAGAUAACACAAAAAGACAGUUAUUGUCCAUAAAAAAAUUGCUUGAAUCAGAUGCAUACGAUUAUGAUUUUUCCAAUGAUAAAAGACUGGUGAGCGAUUCUUCAAUGUAUACUACUUAAAAUAUCACUGUAUAUAAUAAACUUCAAAUUAGUAUGCAUUACUUUCAUUCCAAAUUGGUGAACAAUGGACUUAAAGACAAUGGUAAUAUUGUAUUGAUAAAUGAUAGUGAUAAUCAUUGGUUUCAUUGCACUUGUUUAAACAUUUUUCAUUAGACAUAUUUAACAUUUGUUUUUUUAUCGAAUGGAAAUGAAAAGUCAC